UCCCCGCCCAUGCGGACGCGGGCCGGCCGCCCGGUGCGCCCUCGCCAGAGGACCAGCUGAGCGCGGACCGCCGGCGGCGGCGCGAGGUGGGCCCGGCCCGGCGCUGCCCUCGACAGCGGCAAGUUUGGGAGUUGCACUAGUUUGCGGGGUGGGGGAGAGGCCGGGCGGGGCGCCAUGGAGGAGGACCGGGGGUCGUCGCUGGCGGCCGAGUCGGCGCUGGAGAAGAACGUGGCGGAGCUGACCGUCAUGGACGUGUACGACAUCGCGUCGCUCGUGGGCCACGAGUUCGAGCGGGUCAUCGACCAGCACGGCUGCGAGGCCAUCGCGCGCCUCAUGCCCAAGGUCGUGCGUGUCCUGGAGAUCCUGGAGGUUCUGGUCAGCCGCCACCACGUCGCGCCUGAGCUGGACGAGCUGCGCCUGGAGCUGGACCGCCUGCGACUGGAGAGGAUGGACCGCAUCGAGAAGGAGCGCAAGCACCAGAAGGAGCUGGAGCUGGUGGAGGACGUGUGGCGGGGGGAGGCGCAGGACCUCCUUUCUCAGAUCGCCCAGCUGCAGGAGGAGAACAAGCAGCUCAUGACCAACCUCUCGCACAAAGAUACCAGCUUCUCUGAGGAGGAGUUCCAGAAGCAUGAAGGCAUGUCAGAGCGUGAGCGGCAAGUGAUGAAGAAGCUGAAGGAGGUGGUGGACAAGCAACGCGACGAGAUCCGCGCCAAGGACAGGGAGCUCGGUCUGAAGAAUGAGGAUGUGGAGGCUCUGCAACAGCAGCAGACCCGGUUGAUGAAGAUCAACCACGACCUCCGGCACCGUGUCACAGUGGUGGAGGCCCAGGGGAAGGCCCUGAUCGAACAGAAGGUAGAACUAGAGGCAGAUCUGCAAACCAAGGAACAGGAGAUGGGCAGCCUACGGGCAGAGCUCGGGAAGCUGCGAGAGAGACUGCAGGGCGAACUCAGCCAGAACGGAGAGGAGGAGCCCGAGACGGAGCCAGGCGGGGAGGAGUGUGCCUCAGAGGCGGAGAAGGUGGCCAUGGAUCUCAAGGACCCCAACCGCCCCCGGUUCACGCUGCAGGAGCUGCGGGAUGUACUACACGAGAGGAACGAACUCAAGUCCAAAGUGUUUCUCUUGCAGGAGGAGCUGACGUACUACAAGAGUGAAGAAAUAGAAGAGGAAAAUCGAAUACCCCAACCUCCACCGGUUGUCCACCCGAGAAUGUCCCCCCAGCCGGAGUCUGGGAUCAAGCGACUGAUCUUUACAGCGAUAAUGCCCAUGGUAGCUGCUGGACUGAUAAUAGAUGACCCCACACUGCAGCCCGUCCGAAGACUUGUUUCCCUUGUUUAGCUUCUUCUCCCGAGACAAGAAGCGUCUGGCCAACACACAGAGGAACGUGCACAUCCAGGAGUCCUUUGGCCAGUGGGCCAACUCCCACCGUGAUGACGGUUACACGGAGCAAGGACAGGAAGCCCUGCAGCACCUGUGACCACAGCCCCCCUCUGCCCUCGGACCGGAACUGUCCCCUGCCAGCGCCUGCAGCGGAACCUGGCAGCCCCAGGUGUCACGACCUUGCACACCUCUGGGUUCAGAUGCACCCUCAGAACUGAUGCCUCAAACAGACUGUCUGCUUUGAGGAAGCACACCGAAAACCUGAUGCCAAACUCUAAAGACAUGUUUAUUUAUACCCAGGGCUAUCACCGUUUAUAAUAGAUGACUGAUCCCUUAGGAUAUAUAUUUAAUAAUACCAUGAGCAGAGGUCAGACUUUUGCAUUAACUUCAGAAACACAAGCUUCUUUAAGCCAAAUACAUCACAUGCCACUAUAAUUGCUGUUUGACUUGCUUUGUAUGAAAUUCUAUGUGUAGAGGUUUUAUUAACACAUUUGUCAUACUUAAGUGGGAGGCAGGGAAGUGGUAGAUUUUCAUUAGAUCAUUCAUGAAAUUGUCAUGGUGGUAGCAUAAUAUACAGGAUGCAUCCAUUAGAAAAGCGGGGCCUCCGAAGUCACCAGACGAGCUGGCCCCACUUAGAUGCGAAGCAACAGAAAAUAUGGAUGACAGUCCAGCCCAGAAACUGGAGAUGACUUGCAAGAGCCAGUGGUUCUGUUUUGCACCUUGUUACUGAUACUGCCUAGAGCGUGUAGCGAGUGCCUUGGAAUCAGCUGUGAGUUAUGCAGUACUAACCAAACAAAGUUGCUAAGGAUGA